AUGUUCCGUGGGCUCUAUCAUGCCCCCGGAUGGAUUCUUAGCGCAGCGAACCUAUCUAUACCGUUUGUGGAGGGGUCAAUCGAGACGUGCAAAAAGCUGGGAGUGCAAGGCCUUCAGAGACUCACACCGGAACAUAUCCGUUCGCGAUUUUCGGUUGUAACGGGCAAGCUGGAUGGCUGGAAUAUCAACGUGUGGAACCCAACUGCUGGAUGGGCAGAUGCCGGCAAAGCAUUGGAGCAGAUGGCAAAUGCUGCGCAGGAAGCCGGAGUCGAGUAUAUGUCGGGGGAUACAAAGGGACACGUACGACAGUUGAUCCUGGAUGAGAUCGGGGAGUGCAAAGGAGUCAUCACAGCAGACGGCACGAAGCACGAGGCAGACAGAGUGAUCCUGGCAACGGGGGCAUGGACACCUUCACUACUAGACGUCAAGGGCCAGCUGAUAGCCAAGGGCCACAGUGUCGCCCAUAUUCAACUUACCCCUGCUGAAACCGAACACUAUGCCACGUUUACGAUCAUGGACAACCUCGAGCUGGGAUACUUCUUCCCCCCGACCAGAGACGGAAUCUUCAAGAUGGCGCACAGUCAAUUUAUUACCAACACCCAAGUCACACACUCUGGGAUCACUACUUCCGUUCCCCAUACGUUCGUCCAGUCGCCCGCAGACGGACUUCCUCUCGAGAUCGAAGCUCAAAUGCGCCGGAAUCUGCGACGUGUGCUUCCCGAGCUAGCAGAUCGACCUUUUUCCUAUACACGCUUGUGCUGGGAUUCUGAUACAGCCGAUCGCCAUUUCCUCGUCACGCCUCAUCCAUCACACAAGCAACUCUUCCUAGCCACUGGAGGCUCAGCUCAUGGAUUCAAGUUCCUUCCAGUGAUUGGAAAAUAUGUAGCAGAUCUGCUUGAGGGGACACUUGACCCGGACAUUAUAUCGCAAUGGCAUUGGCGUGCUGGACGGAAAGUGACGGCUAAAGACCUUGCACAUCUAGAUCCUGAAAUGGAACUGAGCGAUCUUACGGGAUAG